AUGCACCGAACAUACUCCAUGCGCCAGUCGCGCGCCCCUACCGCGUCGCAGAUCCAGAACCCGCCUCCCCCCUCCUCCUCCACCAAGAGCAGCCGCUUCUUUGGCAAGGGCAAUCUUGGCCACUCCAUCCGAAAGUCAGUUCACCCUGGCGCUUUCGGCCCCGACCUCGCGAAGAAGCUCUCGCAGCUCGUCAAGAUGGAGAAGAACGUGAUGCGCUCCAUGGAGCUUGUGGGCAGAGAGCGAAUGGAGGUUGCACAACAACUGUCCAUCUGGGGCGAGGGCUGCGAUGACGACGUCUCCGACGUCACCGACAAGCUUGGUGUCCUCAUCUACGAAAUCGGCGAGCUGGAGGAUCAGUUCGUGGACCGCUACGACCAGUACCGCGUCACCAUCAAGAGCAUCCGCAACAUUGAGGCUUCCGUGCAACCCAGCCGUGACCGCAAGCAAAAGAUCACCGACCAGAUUGCGCAGCUCAAGUACAAGGAGCCCAACAGCCCCAAGAUUGUCGUCCUCGAGCAGGAACUCGUGCGCGCCGAGGCCGAGUCUCUCGUGGCCGAGGCCCAGCUCUCCAACAUCACCCGUGAGAAGCUGAAGGCCGCCUUCACCUACCAAUUCGAUGCCAUGCGCGAGCACAGCGAGAAGCUUGCCAUCAUCGCCGGCUACGGAAAGCACCUCCUCGAGCUCGUUGACGACACCCCCGUCACCCCCGGCGAGACGCGCAACGCAUACGACGGCUACGAAGCCUCCAAGGCCAUCAUUCAAGACUGCGAGGACGCGCUUACCAACUGGGUGGAGCAGUCUGCUGCCGUCAGCUCCAAGCUGUCCACUCGUGCCCGCACCCUGUCGCAGCGACGAGCAAACCGCAACCGCGGCGAGGGCGUCGACCUCACCGACCAGGACCAGCAGCUCGACCGCGAGUCCUGGGUUCCCGCGAACCAGCACCACGACUACGACGAGGAGGAUGACGUCGAGGAGCGCGGACGCGGGGAAGAGGUAGCGGCUUGA